AUGUCGAAGAAACUUCAUGACGAAGAUGCCUCCGCCGAGCUCGCCAGUACUGAGAAAGACGACUUGUCAGAUGUGUUUGAUGAGUUGUUUGACGCAAGAUCCCAGCGAAAGCUUAAAGAACUUCAGAUCCAAUCUUUAGAGACUGUUCUUGCUCGCCGUGACGACUUCAAGGAUGAAGCCAUCGAAGGGCUGCGGAAAUCAACACAGAAGCAGCUGCAUCAGUUUUGCCUCUGGUACGAGGAGUUUUUCACCAAGAACGACAAGAGCAUAUCGUGGCGCGCUCACUUCACUGCGGACCACUUCGACUCAUUCGUUGAGCAACUGGGCAAGUCGCCUGAUGGAGACGUUAACUUGCUCUUUGAACAUGCUCGUCGAAUGCUCCACGAGGGCAAGCCAGGAGACUUGGCGGAUCUGACAGACAAGAAACGAAAUGACCUCUACGCCUACGUGGUGCGGAAAACGAUGGAGGAGUUGCCACCGAAGCUGAUCGAGGAAUGCAACUUCGACGUCAAGAAUUUUAUCAUUAAGUGUGUGAGAGCAAUCUUCAACAUUCCGUCAGGGGAUCCGUACCCCAAAAUUCUGCUAGUAGCAGGUCGAACUCAGUCAGGCAAGACGAAUGUGAAGGCUGUCGUGUUGACCACGUGCAAUGUUUUGCGCUGCCCUUUGAAAAUCAUUACGAAAGGAGUUGCCGAAAGCCAGGAUCUCAAGCAAAAGAUAACUCACAAGGUGACAAAGUACCAAGACGACUUUGAAGCUUGGUGGGAAGGCCAACAAUACCAACCCAACCGGUUUGACGUUCUCGCUGACACUGCCGCCAAAAUCAACAACAAGGCCAUCGUCCAUGUGGAACAAUUACGAAAAUUCAAAAAAGACGGCAAGUUUGCCCUUAUCAUCGACGAGUGCGACGCCAUGUACCGGACCGAGGAAGGGAGCCAGAAGUUUGAGCAAGCGUACGAUGAUUUGAUGAGCUUAAAGCCUGCAUUGAGAAUCGAGAUCUCCGCUACACCUAUCCCAGCACUUUUUGCAUUGACGGAGCAAGGGCAUGCAGUCGAAAUCCUGGAGCUUGGGACCGCUGAUGACUACGCCGGAGUGACCGCAAUGAAGCCUCUCGAGGGCAGCAACGGGAAACCCCUUUUCCUUUCCGUAGAGAAAAAGUCAAAGCUGAGGUAUGACGAUGGUGUCAGCUACGAAAAGAUCAAAAAUGGGUUGCUAAAGGGCGUGGACCCGGACCUAAUCUUUCCGGAAGAGGAAAGCAAUGACAAGUUCAAUGAAACGGAGUCACGUGUCUUCUCCAAAUGCGACGAGCUGGAAUUCAUACCUUUCACCGAUGCAAAGGUGAUGCAACUCUAUGAAGAUGCUUUGGCCGACUCGAAGGAAGGUCAACCAAAGAAACAGGGAGUUCUGCUGCUGGACUGUACAAACAGCCGUGUCACUGCUGACAUGAACAAUUUCCAAAAGGCUGCUUGCGUUCAGAACCACUUUCAGCGCAGAAAUAAGCAGGUUGUCAUCGUGGUGGUAGUUGGUGGUGGGAUCUACGUCAGACGCCCCGGCUUCCUACAUGGCCGCUUUAUUCCAAAUCGAAAGACUGUCUCAGAUGUAAUUGAACGGUUGGAUGAACUUCUAGGCUUGGACAUGCCGAUCUUUGUGUUUGGGUACAGCAAAAUGAGGAGAUGUAUUUCAUAUCGAUCCGAGCGACGGGUCCCAACACACAUGGUCCUGUAUUUGGGGCUUGGAUACAGCAACGAGAACUAUGUCCAAGCUAUUGGGCGAGCUACUUUCAAUGGGCUCGAGACUGUCUUGAAAGCGAAUGGCCUUUCACACGUAACAGUGCUUACAUUGAAGAAUGACUUCUCGAUGGCGCACAAGUAUACUAAAUUCGUCUCGGAAGUUAGCCAGCGUUUGAAAACGGGAGCUACUGUUGCAGAGGUUAUGUCUGAUGGCAAAAAGCUCUUCAGUGAUGCAGCCAACUAUCUCCUUCAUACCAACCGGAAGACAGGCCAAAUAAAAGGCCACAAGCAUCUUCUCCCAGAACAGCGUAUGUUUGAAGACCCGAUUGAGGAUGAUUCUGGAGACGAUUCUGGAGAUGAUUCUGCUGACUACAGCCAUGAGGAUACCUCCAAGAGAAUCCUACGCGCUUUGCUAGACCUUAUCCAUGACAGCCUUCCAGUCGAUUUUGAAACGCUCCCAAAUGGCAAAGAUCGAAGUGACGGAGACGGCCACGCAUCAAUUGGAAUGAAAAGCACAGAUGCCUCUGUUGAUGAGUCGGUCAAGGUUGUCGUGAAACUUGAAAAUGAAGCUGGAGGAGGCAGCAUGGAUGACAACAGUGAUCAAGAGAAUCAAGAAACUUUUGAAAACAUCAACAAAAAGGGAUUUACAGGAAAGCAAAUCUUGACCAAGUACAACAGCACAUAUCAAGAUGGGGCCCACACUCUGAAGAGCAACAUCUUGAAUACUGAACUUACUCAGCUGAAGAAUCAAGCAAAGAUUGAAAAGAUUGAAAAUGGGCGGUGGCGCGCCAAGAAUUUGCGAGCCCUGAAGCUACAAUUUUCGUAUGACUUUUGA